AUGGCAGCCUCCCAGCUGGCAGCGCUGGAAGGAGAAGAGUUGGGGGCCACGGGGCUGCCCUUGACCGAGGCCAGCCCUGGCUUCCUGUAUUCCGAGGGCCAGCGGCUGGCGCUGGAGGCUCUGCUGAGCAAGGGCGCCGAGGCGUUCGAGGCCUGCGUGCAGCGCGAGGGCCUGCGGCCCUUUCUGAGCGGGGAAGAGCUCCGGAGCCUGGCGGCGGCGGCUGAGGACUGGACCACGUCCAAGCAGCCGCCCAGCAGGGCAGCAGAGGGAGCCCCUGCCACCAUUUGGGACUCGGGCAGCAGCCUGACUUACUGGCCCGGACGGUCAGACGAGCUGGCGCCCACGCUGCGGCUGGGCUGGCCAGAGGUCCCAACCUGGAAGGGAAUCACCCGGGCGCAGCUGUACACCCAGCCACCCGACGAGGGCCACCCGCCCCUCAAGGAGCUGGUGCGCCAGGAAAUCCAGGCUGCCUGCAAGCUAGUGGCCGUGGUCAUGGACAUCUUCACUGACCCAGACCUGCUUUUGGACCUGGUAGACGCCGCGACCCACCGCUGGGUGCCUGUCUACCUGCUCCUGGACUACCAGCAGCUGCCUGCCUUCCUGACGCUGGCCCAGCGGCUGCGGGUGAACCCCUGGGCCACUGAGAACCUAGAUAUCCGUGUUGUGCGGGGCUGCAGUUUCCAGAGCCGAUGGCGACGGCAGGUGAGCGGCAACGUGCGGGAGAAGUUUGUGCUGCUGGAUGGCCAUAGGGUCAUCUCCGGAUCCUACAGCUUCACGUGGAGCGACUCUCGCCUGCACCGCGGUCUGGUGACCCUGCUGACCGGCGAGAUUGCCGAUGCCUUCAGCCGAGAGUUCCGGACACUGUACGCGGCCUCCUGGCCACUCCCGUCUGCGCCCACCUGGGGCCCCUUCGUCAGCACCGUGGGGGGGCUGCAGCUGGCUCACAACCCCCACCGUGUGGCCCGCCGCCGCUCUGUGGCCCCCAUGUCACCGCCGCCACCCGACGGCCCCCUGGCCCGACGCUUGGCUGCCUGCCGGGUCUUUGAGGGGGACAGGCAGGAGACCCCGGCCGCCCCAGGGCCGGCGCUGAGCGACAUCCUGAGGAGUGUCCAGCGCGCCCGGCCCCCCAGCGGCCCCCCGGCCCGGCCCAGCCGCUCCCUGUGGGACCUGAGCCGCCUGUCCCAGCUGUCCGGCUCCAGCGACAGUGACAGUGAGCCCAAGAAGUCCUGGGGCUCCAAGGACACCCCAGCCAAGGCCCUGAUGAGGCAACGGGGCACCGGAGGGGCCCCCAGGGGUGAGACAGAACCUCGUCCUCUGAGCCGGUCCCAGCCCUGGGGCAGCCCCCUGCCCCUCCUCCCUGCACGCCACCUCCGCUAUCUGUCCCCGACCAGAAGGAGGUUUGGUGAAGAUGCUGCCUCCAAACUCCUGGAACCCCGAGGCUUCCAGCAGCCAGAUCGGGCCGCCCAGGCAGGACUCAAGGGGCGACCGUGA